AUGAAACCAAGUCAGGUAACUAAAAAGAACGAAGCUCAAGUGUGGGAUACUUUGUAUGGGGAUGAUGUUCAAAAGCCUGUGCGAUAUAAAUUUCAAGUGGGAGAUCGCGUGAGGAUCAGCAAAGUAAAGAGAACGUUUGAAAAAUCGUACUUACCUAAUUUCACGGAAGAAAUUUUUACUGUUUACAAGCGAAUGGCUCGUCAAGUCCCCGUUUAUAAACUAAAAGAUGAUGCAGGUGAAAUCUUAGAUGGCACAUUUUAUGAGCCUGAAUUGCAGAAAAUUAUUAAGAAUGAUGAUGUGUACCGCGUUGAAAAGAUUUUGCGGAAGAGAAAGCGUAAAGGAAUAGUUGAAUACUUUGUAAAAUGGAAAGGGUACCCAGACAAGUUUAAUAGCUGGAUAGCAGAAAGUAAUAUCUCAAAGUUGUAACAUUUUGUGUGAAGCCAAUAAAAGGGUUAUUUUAACUGAAAACAAUUGUUGUUGUGUGGUUUCUAAUAAAUUAAGAAUACCCAGAUUAAAAAGUUCAUUUGAACACACGAAACGAUGGAGGUAACACAGUUUUAUCUGCACCUCCCUAGCAAUAGCAGCCUCGAUAAAUUUCCUCAUAACACAUUAACAGAGUACCGAGUUAGUUUACCACAAACCCUAAACCUUACAGGCGAAUGGGAAGUGGCUUUGACCGAGAUCCAUUAUCCACAUAGCUGGAAUAAUAUUCAACGGUUUCGAUUUUACGUUCGAAAUGAAAAACUCCACGGUGUUUGGGACUCCCUGGAGAUGCUUUCGGGUCAUUAUUCUUCCAUUGAAGAUAUCUUAUCAAAGAUGAAAGAGUUAGUGGACAAUGAAAAUCGGUAUACAGAUGAUGUACGGUUUUCAUACGAUAAUCUCAGCAGAAAGGUUACGGUUCAUUUGAAAAACAACGCAGAAGUCUCGUUAAAUGAUAUGGCCUAUAUAUGGGGUUCACUCCCGAACAAACUAUUUCAAAGACCACCACGGGCGACAGACAAGUGGAUUUGGAAUACGGUUUUCACGAUCUUUUCGUUUACUGUGAUCUUAUUCAGUCACAAUAUGUUGGUGAUGCACUGGUCCCUUUGCUUCGAAUUGUUCCUGUAGAAGGAGAGGUCGGUCAGCGAGUCAGUAAAUCGUUUGUGCGCCCUCAAUAUUUACCUGUCAGCAGAAAGCAAUUUGAAACCAUCGAAGUCAAUAUAAAGCGAGACACAGGGGAAUCUGUGCCAUUUGAGUUUGGACGAGUGUUGUUAACACUUCAUUUUCGUCAGAGUCAACCUCAGUACUUUUAAAAAUGAAAAAGCUCCACGCCCCAAAUCAUAAGUUUUACGAACAGUACUAUGUAGAUCAAGCCAAGCAAAAAGGUGGAAAUUUACCCGCAUUUCACGGAGCUCGAUUUCAGCGAGGUUAUGGCUUAG